AUGCAGUUGCCAAAGAAGCCAGAAUUUGAACCUAUCAAGCCUGAUGAUGAGUUAGAUAAUGCUGACAUUCAAUCUCAGUUUGUGCUUGUUCCAAAACACCGUUAUGCACCACUUAAAAAGGCAUGGUUUAGCCACAUAUAUGAACCAAUUCGCAACGAGAUGAAGAUCGACAUUCGUAUGAAUCUCAAGGCUAAAAGAGUUGAACUUAAGACAAUGCCGCACACUCCAGACAUUAGCAACCUAUGUAGGAGUGUUAGUUUUGUCGAAGCCUUUAUGGCGGGUUUUGAUCCUGAACAAAUCAGGGAUGCAUUUUUCAAGUAUGAACAUAUUGAAAUGUCGAGUUUGGAUAUGAGGGAUGUCAAGUGUACACUUAAGGGGAAUCAUUUGGAUCGCGCGAUUGGAAGGGUAUGUGGGAAGGGUGGCAAAACUAAAUUCAUGAUUGAGAAUGCUACUAAAACUAGGAUUGUGGUUGCUGGUUCUCAAAUUUACAUUGUUGGAUCAGUUGAUGCGAUUAAAUUUGCUAAAGAUUGUGUUCAGAGGCUUGUUCUAGGCUCGCCUGCUGGUAAAAUACAGGCGAGGCUUAGAACUAUUACAGCUCGUGCAUCUGAAAGACUGUAGGAUGAGAAUGGUGAUCAGAUGAUGCUAUGAUAAAUUUGAGGGUCUUUUUAUGAUCUUUGCAUUAAGAUGU